CGCGCGCUCCGCCGCAGGGUGCAGACCCCUGGCGCCCGCCCGGGUCUGGGGCGCCAGAGCAGAGGCGGAGCCCGGGCGGAGCCAGAGCGCCCCGUCCACCCGUCACCCCCGGCAAUCGAAAGCGAAAGAGGGGGCCGGGAAGGAAGGGCGGGGCCGCCGGAGGCCCCGCCCCCUGCCCUGCGCGGCUGCUGGACCCGCGGGCGCGCCCAGGUAAGGGGGCUCCGAGCGCGCAGUGCGGACCCUCGCGGGAACCUGCGCCGCCGCCACCAUGUCUCAAGAAGGUGUGGAGCUGGAGAAAAGCGUCCGGCGCCUCCGGGAGAAGUUUCAUGGGAAGGUAUCCUCCAAGAAGGCGGGGACUCUGAUGAGGAAAUUUGGCAGCGACCACACGGGAGUGGGGCGCUCUAUCGUGUACGGGGUAAAGCAGCAAGAUGGACAGGAACUGAGUAAUGACCUGGAUGCCCAGGACCCGCCAGAGGAUAUGAAGCAGGACCAGGACAUCCAGGAUGUGGCGACCUCCCUCCUGCCCCUGACAGAAGCCAACCUCCGCAUGUUCCAACGCGCCCAGGAAGACCUCAUUCCCGCCGUGGAUCGGCAAUUUGCUUGUUCCUCCUGUGACCAUGUCUGGUGGCGGCGCGUACCCCAGAGGAAGGAGGUGUCCCGCUGCAGGAAAUGCCGAAAGCGCUAUGAGCCCGUGCCGUGUGACAAGAUGUGGGGUGUGGCUGAGUUCCACUGCCCGAGGUGUCGGCACAACUUCCGGGGCUGGGCACAGAUGGGGUCCUCAUCCCCCUGCUACGGGUGCGGCUUCCCUGUGUAUCCAACACGGAUCCUCCCUCCACGCUGGGACCGGGACACCGACCGCCGCAGCACUCACACCCACUCCUGCUCGGCUGCCGAUUGCUACAACCGGCGAGAGCCCCACAUGCCUGGGACGUCCUGCGCACACCCCAAGAGCCGAAAGCAGAACCACCUGCCCCAAGUCCUGCACCCCAGCAACCCCCACAUCAGCAGUGGCUCCACUGUGGCCACCUGCCUGAGCCAGGGGGGCCUCCUGGAAGACCUGGACAACCUCAUCCUGGAGGACCUAAAGGAGGAAUUGGAGGAAGAGGAGGAGGAGGAGGGGGGUGGGCACAGGGAGUGACCCCUGGCAGGGGCAGAGGCAAACCAGACACGCUCUGUGGAGAUUCUGUGUUGUUAUAAAAUAUGAGCUCAAAC